GUCCGGGGAGAGCAGAUAUAGUGAAUGCGGGGUCCGGGGAGAGCGGAUAUAGGGAAUGCGGGGUCCGGGGAGAGCGGAUAUAGGGAAUGCGGGGUCUGGGAGAGCGGAUAUAGGGAAUGCGGGGGAUCCGGGGAGAGCGAUAUAGCGAUUGCGGGGUCCGGGGAGAGAGCGGAUAUAGUGAAUGCGGGGUCCGGGGAGAGCGAUAUAGUGAAUGCGGGGUCCGGGGAGAGCGGAUAUAGUGAAUGUGGGUCGUCCGGGAGAGCAGAUAUAGUGAAUGUGGGGUCCGGGGAGAGCGGAUAUAAGCGAGAGCGGCUAUAGGGAAUGCGGGGUCCGGGGAGAGCGAUACACAAUGUAUACAAUGUAUAAUGGAUG